UAGGAGGCUGAGACUUGUUUUGCGAGUGAGAUCAGAUCGGCGCCAAUGUCUUCUGCACAAUGGCUACCGACUCCCAGGGUCUGUACACAGGCACAAGUAGCGUGUACUCUCUGACAAGCACACACGUCUGUAGGAGCAGCGAUAUGCAGCUCGCGAGCUCGCAGACCAGUUUCAUUCGCGACCCUGCCGAGUUCAAAUACAUGGCGCCGCAGCACCAAAGCCCUAACGGGCACGCUCUCAGCCCUCAUCCCCAGUGGGUCGGGUUCUCCCCGCAUGGAGACCCGGGAACAUGGCCGUCCAGCAUGGCUCACCCGGGUCUACAUCAACAAGACAUUAAACCACCACAUCACGCCGGAACUGAAAUACACCCUGGUGCCCUCGCUCAUCACCGUCCCUCACAGCACAUGCCAGCGUCCUACCCAUGGCACCCUUCAUCAUUGGCAGCACCACACAUGGCAAGUAUGGCGUCACCAGGAAACGGAUCUUCGCCCUCGCAACGUCCAACUUACGGAAUGAACGGUAUGCUGACCCAUGCAGGUGGACAGCUUCAGCCAGUCAUGAGAGACAUGUCCCAGCAUCUACAAAGUGACCACAAUACGCAUAAUCAUCAUUAUCUCGACCCCAUACAUCAUCGUAGUUUGAACUCAAGGUCAGUCGAUAGUAACCACACCGUAAUCAAUGAGUCACCACCGCCCAACUCUGAUGACCUGGAGAAUUUCGCUAAGCAGUUCAAACAGAAACGAAUUAAGCUAGGAUUCACCCAAGCUGACGUGGGCUUAGCCUUAGGGACACUUUACGGCAAUGUAUUUAGUCAGACGACCAUUUGCAGGUUCGAAGCUCUGCAGCUGAGUUUCAAAAAUAUGUGUAAGUUGAAACCACUGCUCUGUAAGUGGUUGGAGGAAGCUGACAGUUCCACUGGUUCACCAACAUCUCUUGACAAGAUCGCUUCCCAGGGUCGGAAACGGAAGAAGAGAACCAGCAUUGAAGUAUCUGUGAAAUCAGCGCUGGAAACUCACUUCCUGAGACAACAAAAACCGAUGGCUCAAGAGAUAGCAAGCCUUGCCAAUAGUCUACAUUUAGAAAAAGAAGUGGUGAGAGUAUGGUUUUGUAACCGACGCCAGAAAGAGAAGCGGAUGACUACAAACGUAGACGUCGCUGGAAACCCUCGGACAAACACUGGAACGGUAAAGGGGGGACACAAAACUGAUGGGAACCAAAAUAUGCUUUUAAGGCAUGCUGAUGGUGGCUACCUCAACAAUAGCCCACAAUUCCAGUCUCACUCUCACAGCCCGCCUAUGCUCCACUCACCCCAACCCCAGUCAGUCAGCCAUUGCAUUACUACCAUCGGACAGACCCUGACCGCUCACCGACAACUCACAUGACUUGUGAUCUAAUUAUAUACACACUGUGUAAGAAAAUACGAUAUUUGCCACGUUAACAGGCCUAAAGUUUACACAUGGUGCAUUGUAUAAAUAAUGGCCUGCUUUGUUUGGUUAGUGAACUGAAGAUUUAUUUGUGCUCAUUCCGAAAGCUGUUAGAAUUUCUUGUAUAAAAAAAGUCUCGUGAUGGCGUUUUAGCUGUUGUGUUUUCGUGCCAAUAUUCUGUUUUGUAUCACUGUGCCCCAGUUGAGCCAAGAUUCUCCUGUACAAAGUACAGCUGAGACGGAACGGGAGCUUGCGUGGUUUUGAGAAAGGACGAAAGGUGAGAAAGAGCGAGCUUCCAACUAGUCGAAGCACGGGACAAGCGUAGAACAAACAGUUAACGUGAGACCAUAUUUGGAGUAUAAAUCGAGUUUGGUCACACGAUGACUGUCUUUGUGACACAAGAACAUGUACACAACCGGGAACCAGUCUAACGUGACGACAGCUUCGUUCCGUCCGUGUCAGCUAUGUCUGAUAAAUGACCAGAUUGUCUUGUUGACAAAGCUACGUCCUGCUUGCAUAUCAGUCAUACUUCUAAUGACGUUGAGCACCAUCAUCAUAUAAUGUAUUUACUGGUCGACAACCGGUAGAAAAGCCAAUUAAAAAUAACGUCCCUUACAGGUGUCAAGGAGAAGCUAUAUGGAGAUUAUAAUUGGGGAUGAGAAAUAUUCAGUUUAUUCUCAGGUUUGUGUUGCCCGUACGUAAUAAUCAUGUCGUUAAGCUUACAAGAGAGCGUUGAAAUUAUCCUGUUUUGUGGAGGUCAAGGAUGGACACUGAGAGAAAUAGCUGUGGAGUCCAAUAACAAACAUCCGGAAAGAAAUCCAAUAUCUCAAUCAUGCUGUAUCGUUUACAAACACGUUUUGAACUUGGCGGAGGGCAUUUUAAACAGAUAUUGUAUCUAUGUCUUUAAAUAAAAU